AUAAAUUCUUUUUUGCCAAAAUAAAAGUUGAGUUUUCAUUCCAAAUAUCCUAUAGUUGAAGGGUCUCCGUACAAUUUUACCAUAUUGCGUAGCAAUUUCUAGUACAUCACCUUCUCCAAAUAUCUACUUGCGUUUUUUUAACAACCAAAAAAAAAAAAAAAAAAAACUCUACCAUUUUUUUUGUUCUUUGCGUUAGAUUCUUUGGAGAUUCGUACGACGAAACCCUAGUUUCGUGAUCGAGAAGUACUGCGUGGAUCCUCGUGUUUCGCUGCUAUGGCUUUAGCCUGUUGAUCUAUUUGACGUGCAAAUUUGACGCUUUAGUGGAAGAUCAUAUAAGCAAACAAUGGGGCGUCUAUCACGGAGUAUGGCUGUUUGUUUGCACAGCGGGAAACUCGCCCUUCUGGCAAUUCUGGUCUCUGGUGGGAUUGUAUUGCAAAUCUUGGCUUGUGCUUUAUACAAUAACUGGUGGCCAAUGCUAACAGUAUUGAUGUACUUGAUUCUUCCCAUGCCCUUGAUGUUCUUUGUUGGCUCAGACAGUUCCUCAAUAAUGUCUAGUGGCGGCGACGGAUGGGUGAACUUCACAAAGUUCUUGACGGGGGCCUCGGUGGUGGGGAGCAUCGCGAUCCCCUCCAUCCUAAAGCACGCAGGUAUCAUCGGAUGGGGGGCGCUGUCGAUGGAGCUCUCGUCUUUCGUGGUCUUCGGCGUGGCGAUACUGUGGCUCCUUCAGACGAACCGCGAAGAAGAGUACAGCAUGUUCUGAGCUGUAGGUUUCCCACGGUUCACGUUCCAUCACGCACCAUUCUCGAUACCUUCUAUGCUGCAAUCUUUUUUUUUCUUUCUUUUAACUCGAUGAUUCUGCUGUAGCUGCCCGAUGUACAUAUCUGAAUUGUUGAUAUUUGCUGCAUACGAGGACCUCAUUGAUGUACUUUUAGAAAUAUUGUUCGCAGGCAAAUUCUAAAUGCGUUGUGGUGACACUUGCGUUGAUAAAGAGAGUGUUUCUUUUGUCUUUGUUUGUUUUUGUGUAGAAGCUAUCGGAAUAUUUACGGACUCUUCUAUACGAGUAAUCCAACAUAUUUUUUUUCUUUU